CAGGGCACUCGAUUCCGGAAGGGACUGCAGAGUUGUGGCGGCGGUUUCUGUGUUGCUGACUAGCGUUUCUUGUCUCCUGGAGCGGCGCGUUACACGGCAGCAUCAUGGUGGAGGAGGUACAGAAACAUUCUGUGCACACACUUGUGUUCAGGUCAUUGAAGAGAACCCAUGACAUGUUUGUAGCUGAUAAUGGAAAACCUGUGCCUUUGGAUGAAGAGAGCUUCCCGCUGCUCUCAGAGCCUUGCUGAGCUGAAAUUGUACCUGGCCAGUACCUCUACUCCCAUCUUUUCUCUCACAAACGGAAAAUGGCAAUCAAGCUGCGUAAUGAGUAUGGUCCUGUGUUGCAUAUGCCUACUUCAAAAGAAAAUUUUAAAGAGAAAUGUCCUCAGAAUGCAUCGGAUUCAUAUGGUCAUAAACAGUAUCCUGCCAAUCAAGGACAAGAAGUUGAGUAUUUGGUGACAGGUACACAUCCAUAUCCACCAGGACCUGGGGUUGCUUUGACAGCAGAUACUAAGAUCCAAAGAAUGCCAAGUGAAUCAGCCGCACAAUCCUUAGCUGUGGCAUUACCUUCUUCUCAGACCAGGGUUGAUGCAAAUCGUAGUGCACCUACUGGAGGUGAAUACCGACAUCCAGGGGCUUCUGACCGUUCACAGCCUGCAGGGAUGACUUCAGCUGUUAUGGAGGCUGGCAAUGCCAAGAACUCUGCACUGAUGGCUAAAAAAGCCCCUACGAUGCCAAAACCCCAGUGGCACCCACCAUGGAAACUCUACAGGGUGAUCAGUGGGCAUCUUGGCUGGGUUCGCUGUAUUGCCGUAGAACCUGGAAAUCAGUGGUUUGUAACUGGAUCUGCUGACAGAACUAUAAAGAUCUGGGACUUGGCUAGUGGCAAAUUAAAACUGUCAUUAACUGGGCACAUUAGUACAGUGCGUGGUGUGAUAGUAAGCACGCGGAGCCCUUACCUGUUCUCCUGUGGAGAAGACAAACAAGUCAAAUGCUGGGAUCUUGAAUAUAAUAAGGUUAUAAGGCACUAUCAUGGACAUCUAAGUGCAGUGUAUGGUUUGGAUUUGCACCCAACAAUUGAUGUGCUGGUAACCUGUAGUCGGGAUUCAACUGCACGGAUUUGGGAUGUGAGAACUAAAGCCAGUGUACAUACAUUAUCCGGACAUACAAAUGCAGUUGCUACGGUGAGGUGUCAAGCUGCAGAACCACAGAUUAUUACUGGAAGCCAUGAUACUACAAUACGAUUAUGGGACUUGGUGGCUGGAAAAACAAGAGUCACAUUAACAAAUCACAAAAAAUCAGUCAGGGCUGUGGUUUUACAUCCAAGACAUUAUACAUUUGCAUCUGGCUCUCCAGAUAAUAUAAAACAGUGGAAAUUCCCUGAUGGAAGUUUUAUUCAAAAUCUUUCUGGUCAUAAUGCUAUUAUUAACACAUUGACAGUGAAUUCUGAUGGAGUGCUUGUUUCUGGAGCUGACAAUGGCACUAUGCAUCUUUGGGACUGGAGAACUGGCUACAAUUUCCAGAGAGUUCAUGCAGCUGUGCAGCCUGGAUCUUUGGACAGUGAAUCAGGAAUAUUUGCUUGUGCUUUUGAUCAGUCUGAAAGUCGGUUACUAACAGCUGAAGCUGAUAAAACCAUUAAAGUGUAUAAAGAGGAUGAUACAGCAACAGAAGAAACUCAUCCAGUCAGCUGGAAGCCAGAAAUUAUCAAGAGAAAGAGAUUUUAAUAUGGCAUUAUCUUCAUGGUGGUUCCCCUUUUUUUUUUUUUUUUUUUAAAAAGCGUGGUGUUGAUGAGGAUAUCCAGUCAUUUUGUGCUCUGGCUGGGAAUAUAAAGCAGAAACUCACAUGCUUAAAUGAUUCCUGCUUCAUACUUUACAAUAAACUGCCCCUCCGUGUUAUUAUUUCCAAAAUAAAUAGAGAUCCUAGGAAGUAAGAUGCAGAUAUCAAGCAUAUGUAGGUUUGUUGAACAUGACUAUUCUAAAGAUAGAAUUGACAGUUUUAUUAAAAGACACCUUUUUAAAAAAAACUUACAAAACUGCUUACUAUAAUAAGGACUUGUUUCAAGGGGAGCAGUUGCAUUUUUGGGGGGGGGGUUGUUUUUGUCUUAGUCCUUUAAGAACUAGUAUCUGUGACUAAUAAUUGGGGAUUAAAGGAUUUGAAGUUUUACUUAUAUAUGUUUAUUCCACAGUUUUUGAGUGCAUGUUCUAUAAAGUUCUGCACUGGAUACUGUUCAGGAGAUAGCCAAGUAGAAGAUGUAUGUCCUCCAAGACCCUAGUAGCUUAUUACAGAAAUGCUGUAAUAGAAAUGAAGGCAAAUAGCCAGAGUAGCACAGAGGAAAAGACCAUCGCUUUUUUCCAGAGAGCACUGUGGAAGACUUCACAGAGUCUGGGGUAUUUGAGCUGAGCCUUGAGAGGGCAGAGAGGGAAACUGGUAUCGAUACCUAGGAUGAGGCAUAACAGUGAAUGAAACCAGACCUGUGAAACUGGGAUGUGUUCUAGGGGCAAAGAAUUGUCUGCUGCAGUUGAGUAAUGAGUACAGCUGGUUGGUGGUGGAGAAAGCUCAUUUGGAGUUUGGAUUUAUUCCCCAAGCAGUAGGAUACCAAUAUAGGUAUCAAAACCUGGAGGAAUUAAUGAGAUACCAGUGGAGGUAUUUGUAGCUGUGGCAAGCAAGGGCUGCAGCCUUUUUGAAGACUUUCUGGAAAAGUGUUAUUUAAGUUGCUGAUACCUAUUCCUUGUGGUAAAUACGAGUUUUCGAAACCCUGCUCUUAGGAUCCUGAUACCCCAUCAGUCAACAAAAUGUGUCCCCCUUCACUUUCUGUAGUUAGAAAACACAGUGACAAGAACAAUUGAUACAGAUUUUUUUUUUCAAAAUAAAAAAAUUGCACCAUAAUUUUGAAUAAGCAUUUCCAAAGUAUACCAGUAUCCCAUCUUGCAUGCUGUAGGUGGGAGUAUAAGUUUAUAACCCUUAGGAGGGGGGUUUUUCAGAGUAUAUUGAAAAUGCUCAAGCCAUUUGGCUAAUUCUUCAUUAAAAAGAUUAGGAAACUGCCUAAUAGGAAUAAUCUGACAAGUGUACACAAGCAAGUUCACUGCACCUUUGUUCUUUAAUUAUUAAAACUGGCUCAAAUGUCCUAUCAAUAAGGGAUGGUUUAAUAGAUUAUGGUACCUUCAUGCAAUUUAUUUCUAUCCAUUAAGAGUGAGGAAUGUCUGGACUAAUAAUAAGACGUCCAAACUUUACUCUUAGGUAAAAAAACAAGUUGUGGAAGCAUUUUUUUGUAGAAUAACUUGUUAAUGCUAUAAAAAAAUAAUGGAAUAGUAAUACCACAUUGUUACCAGUGGCUUUGUGAGGGAAUAAAAUUGUGGGAGAACUUUCAUGAUUGGCUUUAUAUAUUUCUAUAAUGUUUUAAUUUUCUAUAAGCAUGUAUUUUGUAAGCUUAAAUAAAGAAAUCCACUACACUUGCA